CAAGCCACCAUGAGCCGGAUGUCUUUCAGAUCAUCUACUGGAGGGGGCAUGAGGGGCUUUAGCUCAGGUUCUGCUAUUGUAGGAGGUGGCAGUGGUACCAGAAGUAGUUUUAGCUCCGUCUCUGUCUCCAGAGUUGGAGGAGGAAGAGCCGGAGGUGGAGGAGGCUUCGGAGCUGGUGGUGGCUUCGGCAGCAGAAGUCUCUAUAACCUGGGUGGAAGCAAAAGAAUUUCCUACAGCUCAGUCGGUGGAGGUCUACGGAGUGGAGCUGGUGGUGGAUACGGCUUUGGUGGAGGAGCUGGCUUUGGUCUUGGCUAUGGUGGCGGAGCAGGUGCUGGUUUUGGCUUAGGAGGAGCUGGUGGUGGUGGCAGCUAUGGGUUGGGCAGUGGAUUUGGGCUGGGAGGUCCUGGAUUUGGUGGUCGAGGUGGCCCUGGGUUCCCUGUUUGCCCACCUGGGGGCAUCCAGGAAGUGACCGUCAAUCAGAGCCUCCUGGCACCCCUCAAGUUGGAUAUCGACCCAGAAAUCCAGAAGGUGCGAACACAGGAGCGGGAGCAGAUCAAGACCCUCAACAACAAAUUUGCCUCCUUCAUCGACAAGGUACGCUUUUUGGAACAGCAGAACAAAGUGCUGGAGACCAAGUGGAGCCUUCUCCAAGAGCAAGGUCACACAGUCACCAGGAAGUCCCUUGAGCCCCUUUUUGAAGCCUACAUCAACAACCUCAGACGGCAGCUAGACAGUCUAAUGGGAGAGAGGGGGAGGUUGGACUCUGAACUGAGGAACAUGCAGGACAUGGUGGAAGACUUUAAGAACAAAUAUGAAGAUGAGAUCAACCGGCGCACUGGUGCAGAGAAUGAGUUCGUGGUCCUCAAGAAGGAUGUGGAUGGCGCUUAUAUGAACAAGGUGGAACUGCAGGCCAAAGCAGACACACUGGCAGAUGAAAUUAACUUCCUGAGAGCUCUCUAUGAAGCGGAAUUGACCCAGAUUCAGCAGCAAGUAUCUGACACCUCUGUGGUCCUUUCCAUGGACAACAACCGUAACUUGGACCUCAACAGCAUCAUUGCAGAGGUCAAAGCGCAGUACGAGGACAUUGCCAACCGGAGCCGGGCUGAGGCUGAGGCUUGGUACCAAAACAAGUAUGAAGAACUCCAGGUGUCUGCUGGGCGGCAUGGUGAUGACCUGCGUAACACCAAGAUAGAAAUUUCAGAGAUCAACAGGGUGGUCCAGAGGCUGCGGAAUGAGAUUGAGAGUGUGAAGAAACAGUGUGCCAACCUCCAAGCAGCCAUCGCUGAGGCAGAGGAGCGUGGGGAGCUGGCCCUCAAGGAUGCUAAAGCCAAACUGGCUGAGCUGGAGGAUGCUCUGCAGAAGGCUAAGGCUGACCUGGCCCGACAGCUCCGUGAGUACCAGGAACUGAUGAACGUCAAACUGGCCCUGGACAUCGAGAUUGCGACCUACAGGAAGCUGCUGGAAGGAGAGGAGAGCAGGCUUGCCGGAGAGGGAGUUGGAGCUGUGAGCGUCUCCGUGGUCAGCAGCUCGAGUGGGGUGGGCUACGGCGGAGGCAGCUCCCUGGGCAUGGGUGGAGGUCUUGGCAUGGGCGGAGGUCUCGGCAUGGGAGGCGGCGGUGGCUACAGCAUGAGCAGCAGCGGUGGUGGUGGCUUCGGAGGCGGAAGCGGAGGGUUCAGCUAUGGAGGAGGAAGCACCUUCAGCUCUGGGAGCAGCCGAGGUAUCAGCUCCAGCACGGGAGGCAGCGUGAGGAUUGUUUCCAAGACCACCACUAGCAAAAAGACCAUCAGAUAA